UGCUUUGCUGUCGGCAUUUAGUGAGAGUUCCGGAAUCUCAGGAAUUUGGUCUGUUCGUCUCCUCAACCUCCUGCGCUAGCGAACUCAAGAUUUUCUGCGACUGAAAGGUUUGGUUCGAGCUCAAAAUGUCUCAAGCUGAUAAAAUGAAGCAAGGGCAGUUAACAAACCCAGAGACUCCUGGGUAUGUGGGAUUUGCGAAUUUGCCAAAUCAGGUACAUCGGAAAUCAGUAAAAAAGGGCUUUGAGUUCACUCUCAUGGUGGUGGGUGAGUCCGGUUUGGGGAAGUCCACGCUGAUCAACAGUUUGUUCCUCACUGAUCUCUACCCAGAGAGGGUCAUUCCUGGUGCUGCAGAGAAGAUUGAGCGCACGGUUCAGAUCGAGGCCUCAACUGUGGAGAUUGAGGAGCGUGGAGUGAAGCUGCGUCUCACUGUGGUCGACACGCCUGGAUACGGUGAUGCCAUCAACAGCCAGGACUGCAUACCAUUUGCCGUGGUGGGAUCCAACCAGCAGAUUGAGGCUAAGGGGAAGAAAGUGAGAGGGCGUUUGUAUCCAUGGGGUGUGGUGGAGGUAGAAAACCCAGAACACAAUGACUUCCUCAAACUUCGCACCAUGCUAAUCACCCACAUGCAGGACCUGCAAGAAGUCACUCAGGACCUUCACUAUGAGAACUUCCGCUCAGAGCGCCUCAAACGGGGCGGCAGGAAAGGUCCGGAGCCAGAGGAAAUGGACAAGGACAUAAUCUUGCAGGAGAAGGAGGCUGAGCUGAGGCGGAUGCAGGAGAUGAUCGUUAAGAUGCAGGCGCAGAUGCAGAAACAGGGAGAUGGAGACAGCCCACACCUGUGAGAAACACGAUGCAAACCGGUCAUUCGAGCUUGAGCCAGUCAGACACGGAACGAGAGGAGGAAGUGUUGCUAAAUAUGGAGAAAGAGGAGAGACCGGUCCUUAGCUCAUCUUGCUUGCCAUUUUCUUAGUUUCUUUCACUCUUGUAUGAUUUAAUGUUUUUUGUCACAUUUUUUUUAAGCAGUAUUAAGUGUUUUGUUUUGGUAUUUUAUUCAAAUGCUGUUGCUGAUAUUCAUUCAUUUUUUUUCCUGUUCCAGUAACCAAAAAUGAAG